AUGACAAUGAAUGAUCAACUAGUUGCACAAAAGUUAAACAUAACUUCACCUCAAGUAUUUUCGUUUCAAAUUCUAUGUGCUGCUGACCAAAAGUUCGAUGAUUUUGAUGAUGCUAUCAACAGGUAUGUUCGUAGUGAGGGCCCCAAAAUCGAAAUAAUAUUAAAAGAAUAUAUUGAAAAAGCAAAAACUUCUCUGUUCUUUGUAUGCGACAUCGGAGGACAGGACGAUAAAUUUAUUCGAAAUCAUCAAGAGCAUUGGAUUGCAUGUGUUAUAGUAACAUUUAAUGGAAAAUCUUCAGUGUUUAUUAAAGAUUCAUUGGAAUCAGAAGAAUAUAUCAGUGAAAAAACAGCUUUUCUAAAAUUUAUCGAACAGAAAUUUGUUGACCAUUCAGCAAUUAGCUUCGUCGAACAUUGUACUAGAGAAGAAUAUACAGUUAGUGGUAGCGAUAUUUCAAUUGCGUUGAAUAACUUGAAAAUAAUGAUAGAGCUUUUCAAAACUGAAAACAAAGAAAAUUUUGAAAAACUAUUCCAAGAGGCAAAAUUCUGUACUGUGCAUAGCAUUAACGUUGAUUUUGAUAGGUUAAUCGUGAAAGUAGGACUAAAAAAUCGCUUUAGAUUGAAGCCCGCAUUGCAGAAAAUUCUUUCCGCCUUACAACGGGUAAUCGACAAAGACAACGAAUAUAAACUAGAAAAUACUGAAUUGAUGAAAUUAAUUGAUACAUUAGGAAGUAUCAAUUUUUCGCCUAGAGAGAACGAUGAGAUCAAUUUAAAAGAUAUUGUAAUCGAUUUAAUUGUAAUCUUGAAGGGGAGAGGACAAAAUUUAGAUGAAGGUAGUCAAAAGAAAAUAAUUAAAUAUUUCGAUGAUAAUAAAGACCGAUACAUUGAAAAUGUUAAAGACUUCGAUAGAACGCUUCGACAAGACAGCCGAAAUAGCCAGAUCAUGGGAUGCUUAGGUCUUGCUUUGAAAGAUCUUUUAAAAUUUUUUACAUGUAUUGAAAAGUUGAUGCCCGAUAGAUUAACGAUAGCAGAUCUUGAUGCAUUGUUCCAUCUGUUAGGAGAUACGAAUGAGCAACAUAUUUUAGAAGAACAGAGAACAGAGUUAGAAAACAAGCUAAGCAACGUUACUGAUCAAAAUGCACCAAUGGAUAUCAAUUAUGAAUUGAGUGAUGUGCGGCAGAAACUUGAAUAUUUUGCUAGAAAAGCAGAAGUUCGUGAGAUGGCCGAUAUAGAUGAUUUAAUGAUAAUAAUCGGAAGAAAAUCAGAAAAACAUGAGCAAGUUAUGCUUGCACGAGAAGCUGUUGAUCAAACUCUACUAGCAGGGAAAUCAACAGAAAGCCGAGAAGUGGCAUUAGCUGUGAUUAAAAUAUUGAACUUCAUCGAUUUAUCUAAAUAUAACCAAAUUGAAGAAGCAAUAGACGCAGUACUAUGCAACGUAAUAUCACAAAUACCGCUGAAUGAAGGAAAGCUCAUUUUAAUUCUAUGUCAGAAAUUACCGUUAGACAAACGUUCCAGUUUAUUUAGAUUUAUGUAUGAAAUAUUGAUCGAUAAUGAAGACAAAGAAUUAAGAGAGCAGGCUUUCAAAAUAUUACAAUCGUGUAAUUUGCAUUCGGAAGAUCUAGAACAUAUAGUUAGCGCAGUUCAAUUAGAAGAAAAGUGUAUGCAGAAUAACGAAAGUAUAAUCGACGAUUUGUUACAACGAGUAAAAGUUCGAAAUAAGUUAACAUUGAACUGCUUUGAGCAACUAACAAAAUAUUUUCACAAUGAUGCAACUAAUGUAGUAAUCAAUGAAAUUGUAGAACAUGGAAUACAACAGUUACCUAAGUUUUUUGUUGAAAAAUGUAUAGAUUAUGUACAAUUAACAGCUGCUAGUGACAAAGAUCAAUCUAGUAUUGUAAGUUUAUGUAACGUAUUGCUUAAAGGCCAAUAUAUUUGUUUGUCACAAAUUCAAAACAUUGUGGAAAAACUUAUCGACGAUGAAAAUUCAAAUGUCGCCAUCUAUGAUAUGCUGUCGAUCGAAAUUAAAAAUGAACAUUCUAUUCCGGCAUCCAUUGUUAAUAAACUUAAACUUAGCGCACAGAAUAAUGAGUACGCCGCAAAUUUGAUUAAACUAGUAGAAAAAGAACACAGUGAUAUUGAUAUUUUGAUAAAUUCGAGAGAAAAUUUAACAAAUCGGAAGGAGGCAUUGAAAAAAAUAAUGAAUAAUAGUGAAAAUUGUACGACAGUUAUAAUUAAAACAUUGGAAUCACUCGUAAAAUACGAUGUAGAACUUAGAACGGAUUGUUUCAAAGCAUUAGUGAACAUUCUACCUGAAGAUUAUCCACAGCAACGUAUUAAAAUCGAUUUAAUUAGUAUAUCGGAAUGCCUUGAUUACGAUGACGAUAUUGAUCUUGAAGAUAUUUCUACCUUAGUGAAAAAAAAUAGAAGUGUCGAUCUCUCACAGAUUGUAACGCUUAUCAUUCAUCGCAUCGAUAUUGACGGCGAAGCAGCAUUGAAUCUAUUAAGUGAAAUUUCUCAUUUUGAAUUACAAGUAUUUGAUCAAAUGCAAAUUAAACUCUUACUAACAGUAGCUUUCGAGAGUACAGAUUUUGAUUUUCGUGUAAAAAUAAUUGAUAUUUUAGAAACUAUAAUAGGAAAAGGAUUCAGUGAUAAGACCGAAAUUUCAAAAUUGGACGACGAUGGGAAUGAGAAUGUAUAUUUUUUGACAGAAGAAUUGAACAAACUACAUGCAUUACAAAAUAAGGUCAUCAAUCAAAAUAAUCUGCUAAGUUUGAAAAAAAUCGUUGAAGAAGAAGGAUACGCCAUCACUGAAGAUUAUAUUAUAUCGCUGAUAGAGGCUUUGAAUAGUAAUGAGAAACAAGAUAUUCAUGAGAUAAUAUGUGACGUAUUAUUUCAAAUUGAUCUUAGACAAGGGUUCACUGAUGCAGUUAAUAGUGCUAUAUUCAAUACAAUUCACAAGAACCAACAACUUGUUAGUAUUGAUAGUGCAGUAGGUAUUAUUUAUAUUGGCUUCAGUCAACGAUUAGAAAUACCCGAAGAUGUAGUACAAGGUUUAUGGCAGCAAUUGAGUAAAGCUAUCGAAGAAAACACAUUGAAAUACAAUUUGAUCUACGCUGUAAGAGCAUUUGUUAUUCAACGAAAUUGGAUACCUCAGCUAGCAUUGGAGCAAAUAACGAACUCUUUGAUCAGUUCAGAUAUAGAUAUACAAUUUAAGCUUCUUCUCGCAGAUAUUCUAUCAAAUGUACUUGACAAGUGUGAUGACAAUGUGCAACUGACUCCACUUGUUACUGAAACAUUAAGGACUGUAGUACUACAGUCAAGAAAAAAAUUCAAUGAUUAUCUACUAAACAAAAUCGUCUUUCGAGCUCUCAAAGCUAGUAUUGAAGAAAAUGAGGCAUCUCAUGAUUUUCUGUCUAGAUACUAUGAGAUAUUCAAGAGACAAGAAAUCAGUUUAGAUAAAUAUUCUACUGAAGAACUGAAACCGUUGGAUCUUUACAUGGCAGAAAAAUGUCAUGCUUUAGAAAAAUUUCAAUUAAUGAAUGUGAUCAAUAAUACAUUUCUAAUGCAGCAGAAAAUUGAUACGAGCGUUUUGAGUGAAUUUCAUGAAGGCGAAUGGCGAAAAGAAAUAUUAUGUAGUGAACUGUUGACUCGCAUCUUUCUAGAAGGAGAGAUUGACGAAGGAGUAGAUGAGUUUGAGUUGCAAAAGUUUCGGGAGAAUCUAGAAUCAUUAUCUUCAUAUGCAAAUGAGCAUGAUUCAAUAGAAAAUAUUCUGCAAGCGCUGCUUGAUAAACAAAAUACUCAUAAGCUAAGCCUUGAAAUUGUAAAUGAUACACUUAUUAUGUUACAAUCGAACAUAGAAGGUGUUCAUAUUGUACAAGAUGAGUAUAAGAAUAAUUUUUACAUCGAACUACGACAAUUGUGGUUAGGCGAACGGCUAAAGUAUUUCGGAAUAGAGUAUUCUGAUGAAACUUUGGAGGCAUUCAAUGCAUGUCUACCGUAUAGAAUUGAGAUCAUCGAGGAGAUUUUGGAAAGAGUCAGAAAAGAUACAGUAAUCGAAGAAUUGAUUCACUUUUUUCAUGAUUUAUUAAAUUGUGGUCUAACACAUGACAGUAUAGAAAGUUUUUUGAUGAAUAAUAUUCCACGCGAAAAAAGUAUCACAACUUGGGGAACAAUUUUAACAGAUAGAUUAGUUGGUGUGAUACUGGUCAGAAAAUUUCGUUCUUACGGAAACUAUUUAGAAUAUAAUAAAUUGGAAUUUAGCAGAAAUACUGUGACUCACAAUGCUUACAAUCAAGCCAAUGCGAUCUACUACUACAGUGCAGAGGAUCUAGCGCGAAUAUCUACUGGCUGGAUGAGAGAGUUCGUUUCAAAUUUUAGAAUAAUUCUGCCAUUAUGGAGUCAAAAUGAUAGAACUUUGAGUACUAUCCUAACUGAUGCUUCAAAUGAAUACAAACGAGAUAGAAAGCCAACGAUUCUUAUUUUAAAUAUCGCUGGUAACCAUUGGAUAACCGUAGUACUUAUCCAUCACAACCAGAAAGACAUUGUACUCUAUAAAGAUUCCUUAGGAGAAGAUAGUUAUGUUGACGAAAAAGAAGAAAUGAAACAAUUGUUAACUAGUAAAAUUGAAAGAAUUGACUUUAAACAUCAUAGAUCUUGUGAACAAUUCGAUGACUACGAUUCAGGCGUAUUUGCUCUAUCAAAUAUGAAAAUAAUGGCAACAUUGUUAAGAGACAAUACAGAACAUUUUAUUCAUAGUUUUGAAAAUUUAAAGUUUACUUCUCAAACACAAGCUACAUAUAAUCGUGUGCAUAUGUUUCCGAAGAUGUAUGCGUUGAAUUUAUACCGAUCGUAUAGAAGGAAACAAAUAAUUGAUUAUCAUUCAGUUGAAUUGAAGUUUAUCGAAGAUAUACUCAGAAAAAAUAGACUUGUAGAAAACGAACUAAAAUUGUCGAUUGAUCUCUUGGACGAGGAGACUUUGCUUGACAAAGAUUAUCGAUAUUUAUUCAAGAUAGAAGCUAGUCAAUCGAAGACAAACAUUAUCCGCACGUUAGGAAUAACAGACGUAUAUUCAGUGAAAGGAAAUAUACUUUCAGUUUUCGAUGAUAAACUUACAGCUAUCAGUGAGAAAAAAGAAAAACUAGACUUGAUUCAAUCUGUAGCGACACUAAGUGAUAGCGAAAUUGAUGAGCUUUUGAGUCUACUAGGUGUUGAACUUACAGAAUUCAAUCGUGAUAUUUUGAAAAAAUAUUUAGGAGUUCCUAUAAAAAACUUCCUCGCUACUCGAAGUAAAGAAAUAGCGAAUGUCGAAGAUUAUGAAUCAGUGAUUCAUUUACAUAAGAAGUUGAAUAAAGUGGUUGCUGCGGGUUGGUCUAUGAAUUCGAUUAGAAAAUUAAUAGAUUUUAUCGACACAGAAGACGUAUUAACGUAUUUAUUACACGCUUUAGAUCCAAUCUAUGAAUAUAACUUGAGCGAAUACGAUAGUAAUAUGAAAGGUGAGAAUUUAUUCGAUAUCUUGAGAGCAAAUUCUUCACAAAUUUGGAGAAAAGAAAUUCAUGAGUUAGCCAUUUUCCAAACAUUCAAAGGUAGUUACGAUAAAAGCUUAGAAAUAUUAAAAACAGAGUUAUAUCAGUUCAACAGAGAUAAUCAAAUAUCGUUUCUAUGCGAUGAAAAACUGAUAACUGCAUAUGUCAAUGUUCAACAUUCAUAUAAGAGUAAAUCAAAUCUUUUCAGUGAUUUUGAUACUAUUGAACAUUGGACAUCAUCAAACAUACAGCAGUGGUCUGAAAAAGUGAAAUCACGGUCAAACGAAGUUAGUCAAAAUGAAAAAUUAGCUGUAAUAAAACGAGCUGUCGAAAUUACCAGCAAGUUCCCUCCGCGUGAAAUUCAGCUUUUGUCAGUAUUGAUACUGACAAAUCCCGAGGAAAAUAAGGGACGUCUUGCACAAAUUAAUACGGGUGAAGGUAAAACAACAAUAGUAGCAAUGCUAGCAGCAAUAAAAGCUCUCGAAGGUCAUACAGUAGAUGUGAUUACUAGUUCUCCUGAAUUAGCCAAACCACAAGCUAAACAACAGCAAGAUUUUUUUAAACAUUUUGGUUUGACAGUAUCUCAUAAUGGUAAAGACGACGGAGAAAUAAAACAACGAUAUCGGUCUGAUAUUGUUUACGGUGCAGCAGGUGAUUUUCAAGGAGACAUUUUACGAGAUGAAUACAGCAAGUUAGGUACUAGAAGUCGUCGUAAAUGUGAUAUCGCCAUAGUUGAUGAAGUCGAUUCUAUGUUGAUCGAUGGAAAAAAUCACAUGGUAAUGCUGUCGUCUCCCAUGCCGGCAAUGGACCAUUUAGAACCGCUGUUAGCAGCCAUAUGGAUACAAAUUGAAGAAGUUGCUAAAUCGAUUAAGGAUAUUGAUGGUAAAACUUAUUUCAUAGAACAGCAAGAUAUGUUUGACGAAAAUGGUAAUAUAAGAAGUGAUAUAGUAGAGAAUGCUAUUGCUAUUGAAGGAACUAAAGAAAAUUUUAUCAAAAAUUGUACAGAGAUACAUGUCAGAAGGUUACUUAGAGAUACAGAGAAUUCACCGAAAACUGAAUCAGAUAUUCCCGUUGACUAUCCAGAAAUUAAAAUUCCUAAACACUUACGAGAUUUAGUAACAAAAACUCAACUAACAAAAUGGAUCGAUAGUGCAAUCUAUGCAAAAUAUCGUUGUGAAUUUAAUAAGCAUUAUAUUCUUAAAAAAGGUAAAGUUGCUCCAGUAGAUGCAAGUAAUACAGGAAUCGUUCAACAGAAUAUGCAUUGGAGCAAUGGAUUGCAUCAGUUUUUGCAAAUAAAACAUGGUGCUAAAAUUACUCCAGAAAGUCUUAGUACGAACUUUAUUUCGAAUGUCACUUACUUUAAACGUUACAACAAGCAUAUUUACGGAUUAACAGGUACUCUUGGAAGUAUAAGUGCGAGACAGUUGCUUAAUAAUACAUAUUCUGUGGACUGCGUCAUUAUUCCGCCAUUUCGACAAAAACAAUAUAGAGAACUAACUCCAAUAAUUGUUAAUAAAGAAGCCAAACAUUGGUUUGAUAGCAUUGUUGAAAGUUGUAUAAAUAAAUUAGAGAAUGGGAGAGGAGUGCUCGUAAUUAUGAAAUUCAUCAAGGAAGUUGAUGAACUUAAAAAUCGAUUGAUUGCAGCGGGAUAUGAUGAAUCGAAAAUAAAAAUUUAUAAAACAGAAGAUGAUUCUAUGGUCAUCGGAGAUGACUUGAAACCUGGUGAAAUCAUCAUUGCAACAAAUAUUGCCGGAAGAGGAACAGAUAUUAAAGCAGAUAAAAUUGAACGAAACGGUGGUUUACACGUGUGCGUUACAUUCUUACCGCCGAACGAAAGAGUAGAACAACAGAAUGUUGGUAGAACAUCAAGAACAGGAAAUAAGGGAACUAGUCAGUUUAUUCUAUUAGAAAAAAAUGAGUUUGAAUUUAGUGUAUUAAGAAAAAUAAGAAACAUAAACGAAGAAGAUGAAAUUAUGAAAGCUGAAAGUAAAAUAAAAAAAGUAAUGCUUAGUGAUGCAAUAUUCGCAGAAUUUUGUAAGCUACUAAGUGAAAUCGAAGACAAAAAUGAUUUGUUUAUUAAAUACAAAUGCAGAGCUGUCGAGGAAAGAUUUGGCAUCUGGUUAAAAAUACAAGAAGAUAAAAUUUCAAAGGCAACAAGCGAACAACAACUAUUAGAAGAUUUUGAAAUAUUUAGAAAGCAAAUUUUAGAUCAUAGAAAAAGUAAUCAAUUAAUUCGUAAUCCAUAUUUUCAUGUAUUGAUUGGUAAUCAGAUGAUAGAUAAUAAAAAACAUCAGGAAGCUAUUAUAGAAUUUUCACGAGCAAUCGAAUUAGAUGAAUAUUUUCAAGCUAAUGCUUACUACAAUAGAGGAUAUGCUCGCAUAGUUGCAUAUGGUGGUAGUGCUAAGAAGUAUAAACAUGAAAUAGAAGAGGCUAUCAGAGACUUUAAAGAAGCGAAGAAAAUAAUUGAAGAUCGUUUAGAACCGAUGCUUCAUGUUAUUCAAAAAGCAUCUAAUUCAGAGGCUCUAUCUGAGCAAGUAGCUCACAAAAUGACUCUGUUCGGGAUACAAAAAAAUACUAUUGAAAUGGCGAUCGGUGCUGAUGUUAACAAAGAAAUCGAAGCAUUUGAAAGUCAGAAAAAGCAGCCAGGUAUAAAUAAAACUGAUCUAGAAAAAAUCAGUCAACAAAUCGAAAAUUUAAAAGCUAGUAAACGAGAACGAGAAACGGGAGCUAUUAGUAAAGCAUUAGACAAAGGAAACGAUAUGGAAAUUGAACUUUUAGAUAUAAAAAAAUCUUUACCUGAAGAUCAAGAUAUCAAUUGCUACCUAGAAGAGAUAGAAGAAUAUAAAAACAAUGGAUUCAUAGGCACUUUUCAAGUGAAAGAAAUAAAACCAAUAGAUUGGUUGUCGGUCAUUGGUUUAGCAUCUCUUGCUCUUGCUCAAAUAGUAGGAGGAGCAGCACUCGCAGUAUUUACUCUUGGCGCCGGUAGUACCAUCGGUAUGGGAUUAUUAUCUGAAGGUAUCAGCGAUCUAAUAACAGCUGUCGUCGACGGUAUUAUUAAUAGAGAUUUUAGUUGGGCAUCGUACGCUAUACAAAAAGCUAUUAGUAUGACUGUAUCGCUAGUGUGUGCAGGACUCGGAGCAAUAAAAGAUGCUGCGAAAACUGCGAUAGCAGGUGCUAAACACAUAGGAUCGGUAGCAACAAAAGUAGCUACUGAAACACUGAAAAAAGGAUGGGUGAUAGCAGCAAAAGCUAUUGGUGUCGAACUAGGCAAAGGUGUGGCUAAAAAAGUAGUAACACAACUUGUAGAUUACGGUGUAAACAAAGCUUUGAUGCCUAGUAUAGAAGAAGAGGUUAGAAAACGAAUUGAGAGUCCCAUUCAAAAUGCACUAUUGGCAAAUUCGACUGUAGAGAAAAUGCUGCGAUUAGAUGGCAAGAAUCGGAAUUGUUAUUAUCAAAAUUUAAUUAAACAGAAGGCAAUGGAACUCUUGAAUCCUCAAAACGAUCCAGAACACGUUUUACUUACUAUAACGAAAGGUAUAGCUAACGGUAUAGCUACAUGUAAAAUACAAGGUUUAUCUACAGUACUACAAAUUGCUGAGGCAGUUCAAGCUUUAGAUGAACUUCGUCAAUUUUUGCCAGGAUUCAUUGAAAGUUUGAAUAAAGCGAUCGAUGAAAUAUCCACAGCAGAAAGUGUCAUUGGCAAAAUAGAAGAACUGGAUAAACAAGAACAGACCGAGGUUCAAAGUCAGACGAAUUACGAUCCGCAGAAGACAACAGAAGAAAUAUAUGAUCAUGCCGCAUCAACUUAUGUUCCAGAGCAUCAAGAUGAAGACAUUAAUCUUGAGCUGAAUGAGAACGUAGAAGAACAAGUUACAUUAGAAAAAAGUACGAAAUCACCGGAAAGUCUUCGUCAGCAGUUAGCAAAUAGUGUAUCUAUCAAAAUGUGCUCUGUUAUACAAAAUAAGUUAAUUACUCCCGUUACUCAUGCUGGCAUUAAUUUUGGUAUGAAGAAAGUAACAGCAGGAUUAGAUAAAAGUAUACAAGAUCAGAUUGGUAAUUAUCAGGCAGAGCGAAGAAUUGAAUUUUUUCAAGAUGAGGAUAAAGACAAUAGAAUACCAGAUGAGUUUAAAAAGGGAGGAGAAGAUGAAGAAGCUGUAGAAAAGGCAGAUCAGAUGAUUGAUGAUUUGAAACGUGGUGGCGAAGCUGGAUUACCUCAUUUAGGAGCAUUAAGCGAUGAAGCUGGGCGACCCAUUAAAGUUUUAGACGAGAAUGGAAAAGUUAUACGUAUCAUUGGAGGAGAUAAAGGUGGCCUGCCUAUAGAAGUCGAGUAUCAUAAACCAACUGAAGAUAGUCCACAAGGACAUUGGACAUUACCUGGAAAUGUAGAACCUGCAGUAAACAAUACUGGUAAGAAUAAUUGCUUAUUUAAUGUAAUAGCUCACCAAACAGGAAAAGAUCCAAACCAAUUACGAGAAAAUACGGCUACUCGAAUGGAAAAUAAUAAGGAAAAUCUAGCGAAUCAGGCUCAUGAUAUUAAAAGAUUAGAGCAAUAUAAGAGUAGUGCGCUAACAAUGGGAGGAGUUCGAUUAAAAGGUAAUAGUGUAUAUCUUGAUGAUGAUGAAAUUGAUUUGAUAAUUCAAACAGUUAAUAGUUCAACCUACAGGAGAAUGGACGCUCCUAGAGGCCUCGAACUUAUCGAUGCACAUGACGACGAAGGACAACAAGUUGAAUUAAAAAGGCAUCACAUGAUUCCAGAAGCAGAAAUAAGAGAAGAGUUUGCUAAACUUGUUAACAAAUAUUCAAAUGAUAAAAACGGCUUGAAGACAGAAUUGAAUAAAUAUAUAAAUCAUCCUAAUAAUUUAAUAGGAAGGCAAGCACUCAUUAGAGCUACUGGAUUAGAUAAAGUUCCUGAGAUUCAUGAUAAUCAGUGCGGUGUAGCUAAUUCAGUCCUCGCAGCAGUAUCAUGGCACACAAAUAAUAUAAGAGUUGGACCUCCUGGAAACUUCAGGGUGGAUGAUCCUGAAGCACCAAAGAGUCAAUCAAAAAUUGAUUAUGCAGUUGCAGAUCCCGAAUCUAAAAAAAUAUUGGAUGGAUAUGCUAGAAAGAAAGGAAGUUCUAAUCCGGCAAACAUUUUAGAUGUACAAAAUAAACUUCCAAAUAAUGUAAAACAUUAUGGUUGGAAAACAACGAAACAUCCGAAAAAAAGUGCACCUAGGAUAUAUGAAGUUAAUAAAAACAUAAAGAUUGGAACUUUUUCUAAGUUUUUGAAAGAACAAACAGGGGAUAGAGCAAUAUGCAAUCCUUUUCGUGAAGGAGGCCAACGUCAAUUUCGACCAUAA